CUCGGAAAUACUCCAAACCUCUAAAUCUAUAUAACCAGAAACCCAAAAAAGGCAUCAUCUGCUCUGUGCACUAACUUCGCUCUACUUCAAAGCCUUUUCCGUUUUCUUUUUCUUUGGAUUCAAAUCUUCGUUUUUUGAUUUUUAAAGCUAGUUAGGUUUCUCUUGUUUUCUGCUGGACUUUGGCAAUGGCGGAUCACGUUGAAGAUUUGGACAAGAAGGAGACUUUGUUGGAGAAGAUUUCGGAGAAGAUCCACGGCGGCGACGAUGACUCUUCCUCCUCAUCUUCCGAUUCGGAUUCUGAGAAGAAGGCAGUGAAGGAGAAGGAGAAAGAGAAGGAAAAGGAGAAGGAGAAGUCCCCCUCGACUGUGAAGGACAAGAUUUCCCGUCUGUUCGGCCGGGAGAAACCGGUUCAUCAGGUCUUUGGAGGAGGAAAACGUACGGUUUUUACUUUAAUCCCAAUUACUGUAGUAGUUCAAGUUCAUUAAAACAUGUCUAUUCUGAGUUUCGCUUUUAGGGUUUAUUUAGUGAUCUUGAUUCUUUUUCUAGAUCUACUAGUUUAUAUUACGGUACAUAAUGAUGUGAAACUUCGAGGCGGAGAUUCUUUGAACUAUGCCUCUUGUGAAUUCAUUGGCUUUUUUAUAAUUAGAUUUCCUUUUUAGUGGGGGUGGAGUUGUCGGUGGGGUUUAGGGUUUUAAAGAUCUUGGUGCCUGCAGAUUUGUUUCCUAUAUCGGCUUUUGAUUGGUCGAAUAUAAGAUCUUUCCUUAAGUUGAUAAGUUGAAGGGGGGAAAAUCUGUUAGCAGCUGCACUGUUGGGUAAUUUGCACAGGAAAUAUGUUUGUGUACGAGAAUGCUAAAAUUUUGAGGUAGCUAAGUUAGGAUUUGAGUAAGAAAUGUUGUUCUGAUGACUGUUCUUGCCAGUCAGUUGAAAUUUUAUUUUUGCUGGCUGUUCUUCCCAGUUGGCUGUGGAAUAUUUUGGUUUUGAGUGCGAAUAAGUGAUUGUUCAGAUACAUUUGGUUGUCUUGUAUAGUAUAUAUGUAGUUUAUAUGCUGACUCUGUUUGUCUGGCUGCGUCUAGCUGCGGAUGUGUUCCUGUGGAGGAACAAGAAGAUAUCUGCUGCAUUUGUUUUAGGAGCUACGGCAGUUUGGAUUCUCUUCGAACUGCUUGAGUAUCACUUGCUCACUCUGGUCUGCCAUAUUCUGAUUCUCGUGCUGGCAAUCUUGUUCCUCUGGGCUAAUGCUUCUACUUUCAUUAACAAGUCCCCUCCUCGCAUUCCUGAAGUUCAACUUGCGGAGGAGCCAUUCCUUCAAAUUGCUGCUGUACUGAGAUUUGAAAUCAACCGUGCCCUUUCCGUAUUGCGUGAAAUUGCUUCUGGAAAAGACCUGAAGAAGUUUCUAGCUGUCAUUGCUGGACUGUGGUUCUUCUCUAUUCUCGGCAGUUGCUGCAACUUUUUAACCCUCUUCUAUAUAACAUUCAUCUUGUUGCACACUGUACCUGUUCUGUAUGAGAAGUACGAGGACAAGGUUGAUGCUUUGGCUGAGAAGGGAAUGAUUGAGUUCAAGAAACAAUACAAGGUGUUCGAUGAAAAAGUUCUAAGCAAAGUCCCCAGAGGGCCUUUGAAGACCAAGAAGCAAGUUUAAGAGACUCUGAUCUGCUUGACCUGUUGUAUUAGCUAAGUAACAUUAUGCAAAUCUGCAGAACAUAGUUUUAUAUUGUCGUGCUAGUUUUGAUUUGAUGACUGGUAGCGCGUUAUUUUGGGGUGAAAGAAUUAAUCUGAAGGGUUUGGCUAGGCUUCUGCAGGGUUUUCUAUGUAUUGGACAGAAUAGUAUUUUAAUGGCAGCGGUUUCUUAGUGCAGUAGUUGCUGAAUUUUCUCUUUAUGAAAAUCUUGAACAGGGUUUCUUCAAUGGUUUAAUCAUUUCUCAAGCCAUUUGCGGCUGUUGCUUCCUUAUGUUUAAGAGCAAGUUUCCAAUUGUUGCUUGAUUAUGUUCUUCCUCCUCUAAUUGUCGAUCUCGAAUGUUACAACUGUGAAGUCCUUGUAAACCUCUCUUUUUUU